AUGUUCUUGCAUCUGCUGGUCGCGGCUGCCUUGGUCUGUACGGCGCAGGGCCAAUCAAGGCGGCCGCCGCCGGCGAACAGAACUUUUGUGUCGAAGUACAUUGAUGGGAUGAUCAACAAUCUCACCACACAGAUGCGAGAAAAAGAUCCCGUUUUGGCAGACAUGUUCGGCAACUGCUUGCCCAACACACUGGACACGACGGUGCUCUUUCACGGCAUGGAUCAUGAGGGCCUGCCUGACACGUUCAUCAUCACAGGAGAUAUCCAUGCCAUGUGGCUCAGGGAUUCGACUAAUCAGGUGUUGCCGUACAUCCGCUUCGUGGACAGAGACCCUGCGCUCGACUUGAUGCUGCAAGGUUUGUUGCGUCGGCAGACCAAGUCGGUGCUGAUUGAUAGCUUUGCCAACGCCUUCAAUUUCGAUGGUUCCAAGCCCUCACCAUGGGCGAGUGACAUCAGACACCCCAACAUGACCAAUGCAGUGUAUGAAGGCAAGUACGAGUUGGACUCCCUUGCAGCAUUUCUAAAGCUGUCGAGGUCCUAUUGGCAUCAUUCCAAGAACGCCACUGUCUUCGACGAGAGUUGGCAGAGGGCGGUGACAAAGGUGAUUUCAACCAUACAGGCCAUGCAAGCAGGAAUGGACCAGUACACGGCCAAUCCGCCCUACAAGUUUCAGAGAGACACCUACGCACCGACAGACACGCUGUCACAGGGCAUUGGCCCUCCUGGAGCCUCCUGUGGCUUGAGCCGCUCACCUUUUCGGCCCUCAGACGAUGCCACGCUGUUGCCCUUUCUCGUGCCGGCGAACGCCAUGGCGGCUGUGGAGCUGAGGCAGGUGGAGCUGAUGUGUCAUGAAGUUGGUUGCAAGGGCACUCUCGCGCACUCUCUGGGAGCUUUGGCCGAGGAGUUGUCCAGGGCAGUGCAGUUGCAUGCCACGUCGGCACAUGGUUUUGCAUAUGAGGUGGACUGUCAUGGCAACAGCGUGUACAUGGAUGAUGCAAACAUCCCCUCGCUGCUCUCCUUACCAUACCUGGGCUUCGUGGACCGCAAGGACCCACGCUACUUGAUCACGCGCCAGCGAGUGCUCUCCAGCAAAAAUCCUUACUUCUUCAGAGGCGCAAGUGGUGAGGGCAUCGGAGGACCACAUGUGGGAUAUGGCUACAUUUGGCCGAUGUCCAUCGCCAUGCGGGCGCUCACCUCAACUGAAGAGUCCGAAGUGGAGUGGUGUUUGGAGCUGCUGAAGACGACUACAAACUCUACAAGAUUUAUGCACGAGUCUUUCUGGAAGGACGACCCUGCCAGAUUCACCAGGCCUUGGUUUGCAUGGGCGAAUAGCUUGUUUGGAGAGCUGAUAUUGAUGGUGGCUGAGCGAUACCCUCACUUAAUCUUCAAGGCUACAGUCUUCUCUUGA